CCAUGUGUGUCUGGAGUGUAGCCUGCAUAGUCUGUGGUCUGGCGCGGUCUGUGUGUUUGUCGCUUGACUAGAGGCAGUCUCCAGGCGGAGUGUGACACUUUUUACAGCGAAAUUGUUUUUUCUUCCCACUAACAAGAAUGGAUUUCAAGCGUUCGUACCGAUGUAGCGCUAGCAGCUACUGAACUCAUCCGGACCUCAGUCAGUAAUCCCAUAAAUUCAACUGGAUGCUGACAGUCACUUGGGUGGGGCUGACGCAGAUGACAGUACACCGGAGCAGAGCCCAGGGAUAAACCCACCGCACAGGAUCAGUUUAAAUCACCGAGGGCGGUUGGCGGGUAAAGUCAUGACCAAGCCCGAGUCGAAGAAAAGCGGUGUGGCAGCGAUCAACGCUACCGGCAAGUGCGCCACAUCCGCUGCCCAGCAGAUCAAGAACGGCUCCGUCGAGCCGGGCUGUCCGGACCAGAGUACGCAUAUCAAAGCUACUGUGAUGAAGCAGACUUCCAGGGAGAGCAUCCAUCGGAAAAACACGGAGUGUGAAGUCUAUGACGACGGGACCAACACCUUUUUCUGGCGAGCCCAUACUGUGACCGUGCUGUUCAUUCUGACCUGUGCUCUGGUCUACGUUACGCUGUUGGAAGAGACCCCUCAGGACACAGCCUACAACACGAAGAGGGGGAUUGUGGCGAGCAUCCUGGUGUUCCUCUGUUUUGGAGUGACACAAGCGAAAGAUGGACCCUUCACCAGACCACAUCCAGCUUACUGGCGGUUCUGGCUUUGUGUGACUGUUGUCUACGAGCUGUUCCUCAUCUUCAUCCUGUUCCAGACGGUGCAUGAUGGUCGACAGUUUAUGAAGUACAUUGACCCCAAGCUCGGGGUACCCCUGCCCGAGCGUGACUAUGGAGGAAACUGCCUUAUUUACGACCCAGGCAACACCACCGACCCCUUCCACAACAUCUGGGACAAGAUGGAUGGCUUUGUUCCAGCUCACUUCCUCGGAUGGUAUAUGAAGACUCUGAUGAUUCGCGACUGGUGGAUGUGUAUGAUUAUCAGUGUCAUGUUUGAGUUCCUGGAAUACAGCCUGGAGCACCAGUUACCUAACUUCUCAGAGUGCUGGUGGGACCAUUGGAUCAUGGAUGUGUUGGUGUGUAACGGUCUGGGGAUCUACUGUGGGAUGAAGACCCUGGCCUGGUUAUCAAUGAAGCCCUACCAGUGGCAGGGCCUGUGGAACAUUCCUACAUACAAGGGAAAGAUAAAACGUAUAGCUUUCCAGUUCACUCCCUACAGUUGGGUAAAGUUUGAGUGGAAGCCUGCUUCAAACCUUCGUCGCUGGCUUGCUGUGUUAGGCAUCAUCUUUAUGUUCCUCCUGGCAGAGCUGAACACCUUCUACCUGAAGUGUGUGUUGUGGAUGCCUCCAGAACACUACCUGGUGCUACUCCGCCUGGUGUUUUUUGUUAACGUGGGAGGUGUAGCCAUGAGGGAAAUCUACGACUUCAUGGAUGACCCGAAGUUCCACAAGAAGCUUGGCCAGCAGGCGUGGCUGGUGGCUGCAAUCACAGUGACUGAGUUCCUCAUAGUGGUCAAGUACGACCCCAACACCAUCAUGCUGCCCAUCCCCUUUUUCAUCAUGCAGUGCUGGUUCUUAGGAAUCCUCCUCAUCUUUACCUGGACCCUGUGGCGGUUCUUCAUCCGGGACAUCACACUCCGUUAUAAAGAGACCCGUCGACGCAAACAGGAAGUCCCCACAGACCGGGACCGUCCUCUGGGUAAUGGCAGCACAGCCACCCCAUCCGGGCGGAGCAAACUGAACGGCAGCUCAGAGAUGGUGCGGCAGAGGAAGUCCUGAGGGGGGAGUCGUAACCAGUUAGUCAGCCACAAUCGAAGGAGAAAAGACAAGGUUUGAUGGGGGAAAAAUUGAGACUGAAAGAGUCUGACACAAAGACACUUGUAGAGACAAACGGAUGGACACAUGUAGGUGCUGUGUAGACUUUUUUUGUGCCUACAUGAACCAAGUAGUCAUUCAGCAGAGGCGAGGGGUGUAAAAGGCAAGUUUCAUUCAGUGCAUUGCCUAGUUAUUGUCUUACUACAGGGAUUUACCUCAUUAUAUUUUUAAGAGCAUUUGGGGAAUUCUACACAGGACCAGAUACAUUUUUUUGUUAUUUAUACUUUACUUUAGAUGUUGGGUGAUGAGGGGAAAAGUGGAGGGGGGUAGUAACAAGGGAAGAAGGUAACCAGAUAACCAGGGAAGAAGAUAGACUCGUGACCAAGAAUUGACAGCAGUUUCCCGUUUUCUCAGCUGCAUACAUAGAAAAAGAUUGCGGAAACAUGUCUACCACUGUAAAUAUGCGUCAUUUUGUGUAGUCGUAUCAGUGCAGAUGAGAAAAAGGAGAAAUUCAGAGCAGUGAUGCGUCUCUGUAACUUAACUGAUGUUCAGUAUCUUGCUGAGAUUUUGGGCACAGUAUUGCCAAGCAGCAGUUAAAAUGGAGCCUGGUCAAUAAUGACACAUUUCUGUUAUGUUCAGUUAGAUUUCCACUUUUUUUUUGUCCAUUGAUUCCCAUGCAUUUUUGACAGUUAAGAGUACUCUUUUCUUAGGUUUGGUCGCAAGUUCCUGAUACAUUGUUUACAUGUAGGCGACAAUAUGAGCUUUUCAUUUACAAUUCAGGGUUCUCGUUUCUAGAAGCACUGAGCCUUGAGGUCCUUGUAACUGCUGGGGUCCUCACUCAGUCUGACACAGAGAGGAGGAACUGGCCAGGCAGUUCUUUUCUCUCAGACUUUGUUCUUGAAAAGAACGACAAGUUUGUUAAAUAAAAAAAACCCUAAGAUGUACCAUAUUCUAGUUAUUUAACUGCUGAUUAUACGUGAUAUAUGGGGUAGAGUUCGGGUGUUUUUUUAGAUGUUUUGUUAUCACUAUUGUUAUUUCUUUAGGGUAAAACAAUUCUGAACACUAGAUUGUACUUCAAUUUCUUUUUGUAUAAAUGAGGUUCUGAGAAAUCUGCAGCACUCUAAUGAACACAUCCAUGACAAUCACACUGAUAGAGAGAUGUGCUCCGCCCUGAUGGAGACAUGAUGGCUCACACACAGCACAGUAACGAAUGGCAGAGAUCGGGAUGUCCUUCCACUGAAGCAGGACUGUAAUGCAGGGCUCAACUGAUUCAGUCACAUCACAAUGUGAAUUCAAUAUCCAUUUUUUUAUGCUAAAUGUUUUUUUUUUAUUAUUCAAUGCUUUGAUUUUUAUUCAGAUAUCACGUUGUGUUGUGUCUGAAGUAGCUGAAACAAAAUGAAAACAAAAUUAACAGGGGAGAAGUACAAAUUUAGGCCCCAGUCAGACAGAGCAUGCUGCUUCUUUUUUUUCUUCUUGAUGCUCUUCUUCUCUUAUUUGUUUUUUAUUAUUAUGACUUUUAACUUACAGAUCUGUACCUUAAAAUCUGCAUAAAAAAUUAACAGGCUGAGGGCACUUGCUAUGGCUCGGAUUAAGGGUGACAGGCUGUUCUCAAAUGUCACGUAUGUCACAGGGAAACAGAUCUGUAUGGUUAUAUGAGACUCUUAGAACGAGAGAAAUCACAGGGCGUAACAUCACCUGGUCCUGAUCCUUAUUUUAGGACAAGUCAGGAACAGUUUUACAAUGUACUCUCAAUUGUCAGGCCUUGUGGUUUUCUUGCUUACCUUAGGUGAUGUUAAAGUGGGGUAACAGCUUCACACAAACUUAUCGCCACCACAGAAGGCCCUUAAUUGAUGUGAUUUGAAAUGGGUAAAAAAACACUGAUGAUAUCAGGUUCUUAUUCUGCUCUGAGUUGAAGUUUUUUCAACUCAAGGUGUUUAUAGUGCUCCUGCAAAAAUGUGAGGUGCUCAGCAAAGCCAAAGCAGCGAGCAAAGUGCUUUACUCACAUUAAAAAUGAUUACAAAAAGCCGUCCAGGCUGCUAAAACAAGCUCUGUCUGAUCGGGUUUUAGAUAUGUUUUGGAAGAGAACCAUCUUUUUCCAGCUCUGCAGGGUUGCCAUAUUGCACAUGCAACAAGCCAAAGCUUAGAUGUCAUUCUUGCUAAAGCCAUAAAUGCCUCUCAGACCCACUUUAGCUGCUCAAACAGCUGUUGAACCUCAUAAAGAUUCCUUUUCAUUUCAACUAAAGCAGAAUCCCAAAGCCAUUGGGAUCAGUCACGGCAAUUUUUAUGUUGCAAAAUUAGAGUGAUACCUGAAGGUCAGACCAUGGAAACAGUACUAAAACCAAAUUUAUUUGUGGCAAAAAAUUGGAGACCUCCACUUCCUCAUUUCCAGUAGUUUCAGUCAGUAGUUUUUGAUUUCCUUGCCAAUUGCAUUAUCCUUAAAUGUAGUUAUUAAUUAAUUCAAAACUAUUCUAAUAUUUAAUUAAUUGUUUGUGAUAUUUUUCAAGCAAAAACACCAAACAUUUUACGGUAGCUGCUUCUCCAGUGUGCUGCUUUCUUUUUUGUCAUAUGUGAUAGUAAAUGAAAUAUCUUUGUAUAUUGGGGAAAAAAAACAAAGAAUUAUUAAAAUAAGUAUCUCAUAAUGGCCAUUUUUUCGGAUCCUCUCUAAACAAAAUGGCCAGUUAGCCGAAAAAAUACGUUAAUCAAUAAUUAAAUUAAUAGUUAGUUGCAGCCUUAGUUAGAUGUUCUGAACUUUUCAUAAUGCUCCAAAAAAUAAACUUUACAUUGAAGUCCAAAUUGGGAAUAGCACUCUUGUGUUCCAGUCUGGAUAUUCACUGUUCCCAAAAAUGUCCCACAGAAAGCUUUAGUCUUUGUCCUGUUCAGGUCUUGUGACUGUCAGCGAAAUCAGCUGUAAAUUUCUGUCACUCAUUGUGUCACAGUGGCUACAUACUGCAUAGUUGAAGACAGAGUAGACGACAUUUGUGAAUCUAGCUCCAAAUUUUCCUGUUGUAAACUAGGCUGAUGUUUAAUGACACUAUCGUAAUUUUCUUGUGAAUGUUAUGCAGCAGAAUCUGAUGUUCAAAUGAGAGGGUCUGGUCAUGUUUAUUUUGCCAUAAACACUAAACAGAAGUUUGCUGUUUUUCAAGACUCAUUGUCAUGUCCUCCGGUCUGUUAAUGUUUGCAUCGUUCACCCUCUUUUUUGAAUACAGUGAUUGCUGUGCAAAUUUGAAACCCUAAAAUUAUGUUUAGCUGAUUUGUCAGUUUGUACUCGUUAUCCUGUGCUGUGCUAAUUCAGUUGCUUGUGAACUUGGUAGAAGUUCAGGAAGUUUGCUUUUUUCUCCUCCUUUCUUAAAUUAAAGCUUUUAGACAUGG